AUGGAUGCAGAAGAUGAACAAAGUCUUGAAGAACGUCUUCGUGCACAGAAUAAUAGUAAUACGAAUAAACCGCUAACAACUCGUGUAACAACAUCAAAUAAUAAAUCAACUCGACAUACAUUUAAAGAUGAAAAAAUUGAAUCUCAUACUGAUAAAAAUGGUAUUUGUUAUCGGAUUGGAGAUCAUGUCUAUUUGGAAACAAAUAAACAAGCAGAACCUUAUUCAAUAGCUUGUAUUCUUGAUUUUCGUUUAACAAGAAAAGAUCAUGUUAUGCUUGAAGUACGUUGGUAUUAUCGACCUGCAGAAAUACCACCUAAUCUAUAUCAUCUUCUUAUUGAAGAUCGAUAUCAUGAAAAUCAGGGUAACAAUCAAACAUCAACAUCAAUUAAAGAUAAACAAACGAAAGAUUCUGGUAUAAUACAAGAUCCAAAUAUUAUUGGUCGUGAAUUAUUCGUAUCGGAAAUCAAAGAAUUCUAUCCGGCCGUACACAUUAAAGGCCGGUGCCGUGUUGCUCACUAUCAAGAUAUUGAAGAAGCUCGAGCGUUCAAACCCGAUCCGGAUACGUUCUUUUAUAUUUUAACAUACAAUCCGGAAGCACGCAGACUGGCGAACACGCAAGGUGAAAUACGCGUUGGUCCAUCACAUCAAGCUAAAUUGCCACUUUUGAAAUCAUAUUCAUCAUCAUCAUUAACAAAUGGUGUUAAUGAUGAUAUAUGUUCAUUACGUGAAGAAUUAUUAUGGAAAAAUAAAACAUCCGAUAUUGAUUUAUCUAUGUAUUUACAAGCAGCACGAUCAAUUGCAGCAUUUGCUGGAAUGUGUGAUCGAGGUCUACCAGAAGAUAUGUAUGAUGUCGCACAACGAGAUGAUACAACAAUUAAUGCAUUAACUACUUUACAUAAUCAUGAUUAUGAUUGUAAACGUGCUAUACAAUCACUUGUUAAAUGUCCAAUACCGAAAGGUAUCGAUAGAAAAUGGUCAGAUGAUGAUCAAAAAAAAUUUAUUAAAGGCUUAAGACAAUAUGGAAAAAAUUUUUAUCGUAUACGUAAAGAACAUUUACCACAUAAAGAAACGUCUGAUCUCGUCGAAUUUUAUUAUCUAUGGAAAAAAACUCCACAAGCUCAAUCAAGUCGUCCACGUCGUCGACAACGUCCAUGUUCAACUUCAGUUAAUUUAUCAACAACACCAACACCAGCGAAACAACGAAAUGCAAAAAAUAAUAAUAAAGAUGAAUCAGAACAUAAUUCUGAUAAUGAUGAUAAUACAACAACAGAUAAUGAUGAACAAUUUUGUCGUCAUUGUCAAACAACAUCAAAAGAUUUACAAUCAGGUGGACGUGAUAGUCAACAAUUAUGUUAUGAUUGUAGAAUGUAUUAUAAAAAAUAUGGUGAAAUGCCAAUUAUUAAUCAAGAACCUCCAUCUUAUCUAUUUAAACCAUUAACUGAAACGAGUCCAAGUAAUAGUAGUAAACGAAAACGAAAACAAUUAAAACAAUCAUCAUCUCCGCCUCCUUCAUCAUUACCAACAUCUUCGUCAUCAUCAUCUUCGUCGUCGUCAUCAACUACAACAGCAACAUUAGCUCUCUCUUCGACAUCAACAUCCGCAGUUGAAAAACUUGAUGAAAAUACUAAAAAUUCAUCCACUCGUUCAAAAAAGAAAACUCGUGCUAGUGAACAUAUAUCAUCAUCAAUCAAACAAGAAGGAGAAGAAGAAGAUAAUAUCAAAGAUGAAUCAACAAUUAAUUCAACAAUUAAAUUAGAAGAACAAGAAAAUGAAAAACCAUUGCUAGAAUCAUCCGAUUCAAUUCCUCCUAUGACAACAUCAGGCUUUCUAAUAAAACCUGAAGAAUUACCGUCACCAACACUUUCUCAACCAUUACCAUCAUUAAUAAUAACAUCAACAACAUGUAAACAAGAAAUUAAUUCUCCAUCAUCGUCAUCAUCAAUUCUUUCAAAUGGUGCUGCUAAAAUAACAAAUAAAAUUCUUAUUGAUCAUACGAAACAAACAAAUCCAAAUUUAAUUUUAUCACCAUCAUCAUCAACAACAAUAAUUAAAUCUGAACCAACUAUAAAUGAAUCAUCGUCAUUAUAUUCAAAUUCAUUACAACCAUCAUUGUUAUCUUCACCUCGUUCAGCAUUUUCACGUACAUCAAAAUCAUCUAUUCAUAGUCCUGAUCAACGACGAAUACCUAAAGAAGAAUUAGAUUCUCCAUCAUCUCAUCGUUCACAUUCACAUUCAAAUAGUCUUAAUCAUACACCAAAAUCAACUCCUAUCCACCCAACGAUUCUUAGUGGUGAUGUAACUCCAUCAUCGCUUUGUUUACCACCACCACUUCUAAUUCCAUCAUCAUUAAAUGAAUCAAAAGAUAAUGAUUUAUUAACAACAGAUAUUAAUGAUGAUGGUAACACAUCAGAUAGUUCAACAAAUGGUAAUAAUGAAAUAAUUUGUGAUGAAGGACCAAUGCCAUUGCCAUGUGAAAGAGAAUGUUAUAAUAAAUCUCAAG